AGGAGCCGAGGCGGCGCUAAAUUAAAUUAGCAUACUAACUAGUUAUCUGUGCGCCGCUGUGGAUGGACGGCUGAGCGGAGCUGCCUCGACACACACUCGGUUUCUAAAGUCAAGACACCAGCGAGUCCGGCCUCAUUUUGUCGGGAUCUUCCUGCCGUCCGCCUGCCGAGGAGAUGGGGGACAAGGCGGGCACCAGAGUUUUCAAGAAGUCGAGCCCCAACUGUAAGGUGACAGUUUACCUGGGAAAGCGAGACUUUGUGGAUCACCUGGACCACGUGGACCCAGUAGAUGGAGUGAUCCUCGUCGACCCCGAAUACCUGAAGGACAGAAAAGUCUUCGUCACGCUCACCUGCGCGUUUCGAUACGGACGCGAAGAUCUCGACGUUCUGGGUUUGUCUUUCCGGAAGGACCUGUACAUCUCCACCUUCCAGGCCUUCCCUCCGGUGCCUGAGGAGCGUAAACCCAACAGCCGGCUGCAGGAGCGGCUGCUGAAGAAGCUCGGCCAACAUGCACAUCCCUUCUACUUCACUAUUCCUCAGAACCUCCCCUGUUCAGUCACUUUACAGCCCGGACCAGAGGACACCGGGAAGGCCUGCGGCGUCGACUUUGAGAUCAGAGCUUUCUGUGCCAAGUCAAUAGAAGAGAAGAUCCACAAGAGGAACUCGGUGCGUCUGGUGAUCAGGAAGGUCCAGUACGCUCCAGAGAAGCCCGGUCCUCAGCCCAUGGUGGAGACGACUCGCAGCUUCCUGAUGUCGGACAGAUCUCUGCACCUGGAGGCCUCGCUGGACAAAGAGCUGUACUACCACGGAGAGCCGAUCAGCGUCAACGUCCACGUCACCAACAACUCCACCAAGACGGUCAAGAGGGUCAAGAUCUCCGUGCGUCAGUAUGCAGACAUCUGCCUGUUCAGCACCGCCCAGUACAAAUGUCCAGUGGCCCAGCUGGAGGCAGACGACCAGGUGUCGUCCAGCUCCACCUUCUGUAAGGUCUACACCCUGACCCCGACGCUCGACAAGAACCGAGAGAAGAGAGGACUGGCUCUGGACGGGAAGCUGAAGCACGAAGACACCAACCUGGCUUCAUCCACCAUUGUGAAGGACGUCACCAACAAGGAGGUUCUGGGGAUCCUGGUGUCCUACAGAGUCAAAGUGAAGCUGGUGGUGUCGCGUGGAGGCGACGUCUCGGUGGAGCUGCCCUUCAUCCUCAUGCAUCCUAAACCCGCGGAGCCGCCGGCGUCGCGUCCACAGUCAGCUGUGCCAGAGAUGGACCCGCCCAUCGACACCAACUUGAUAGAGUUCGACACAAACAGCAUCUCCCAGGACGACGACUUCGUGUUCGAGGACUUCGCCCGGCUGCGGCUCAAAGGCGUGGUGGACGAUAAGGACGAGGACUGCUGAGCCUCCGUCGCCGCUUCCACUCAUCACAGUUCAGCUACAUUCCCUGCCGGGGGACGGAGGAGGAGGGAGGUUUGGAGGCGUCGCUGCUGCUCUUCCUGCUUCGUCUCGCCGCCGCCAUCAUUUCUCGCCGCCGCCGCCUCCAUCCGUCUCCUCCGUUUGUGUUUUCGCUGAAGGCUGGAGGUCGCGUGGGCGGAGCCUGAAGGAAGCAGCAGCAGCGCUCGUCUUUUUUCUUUGAAACGUUUCCGAAUGUCGACCGUUUCUCGCCGUCUUGUACAAACAGAAUCUAUAUUUGGAAAAAAUAACAAAAAAAAAACAACCUACGAGCAGUCGAGAGCCGCUUUGUUUUCCUCUUUCAGCUUUUUAUCACCAACACUCACAGAAGUCUUAGCUCGAGUUCACCAGCAUCCACUCGUCACGUCUGUAGAACCGUCCGGCGGCGACGCUCCUUCGCUUCACAUCGUCUUUACUUUGAAGAUGUUCGACGGUUUCUGUCGGUGCGUUUUGUUGUUUUAUCGUCAACGAGUUUCAUGAAAAGAUGAAAACCAAAAGUUCAAUCAUCAGAGGAGAAGAACGGACGGUUCCUCGAGAGAAGAAACCAGUAGAACCAAGAAGAGAAUCCGGCUGCUUCUGACGACGUCGGUUCAUAGAUCUGAGUUCAAGAUGUUGAACACUGAGAAGGAAAUAUUUGUCUUUUUUCAGCAUUUUUAACAUUCUUUAAAUAUUCAAUUAUCCAAAUCUCGUGUUUUUUCAGGCCAAUAAUCAGCAAAGUGUUUGAGACUUUUGGACCUUUUACCCUUAAAGCUGCACUUUUGCUUUAAUGACAGAAAGAAAAAUCUGAAAAACAAAACAUCUGAUGUUUGUGUGAAAAAUGCAGCUUCAAUAAAAAAUCUGAAUAUUUUCAGAAUAAGAGCUCAGAAUUUCAGCUUCUGGUUCCCUGAACGGUGAAAUUAUCGAUUAGCUCGUAUUUAAAGUGGAGCUGAAGUCAAACACAAAUAAAAACGUUUUUGGUGAAUAAAAUCUACAUUUUUAUGUGAAUUUCUUCUCCAAACGAGUUUCCUAAAGUCGACUUUGCAGGAACGUCGUCGUUGAACUUUCACGUUUCUUCGUUGGUUUUCGUCUUUUCUUUGAAUUCGUCGACGUCUCGGCUUCGCGUUCAGUUCGAUGAUCCACUCGUUGGUGUUUUUUGUUCUUUUCCACGACGGAGCUGAAUUCACUUAAACAGUUAAAAUUUCACGUCUUUGUUUUGUUCUUUGCUGUUAAAAAAGCCGAAUGUUGACGUAGAAACGGUUGAAAACGCCGAAGCUUCCUCGUCCACGCCGAUCCUCGUCUGCUUCGUGAGACGGAUCCACGCUUCGGUCCGUUGUUCGUUCACGAAAAACCGAUUCUGAAGCCAAAUCUGUUUCCGCUGAAGGUUUCCGACAGUGGAGACUCGACGUUCUCUAAACGUUGAAGGAAAACCUGCUGUUUGUUUCUGACUAACGUGCGUCGUGCCUCCACACACGAGUCCUGUGCUGCUGUUCAUGUCGUGGCUGAAUCGGACCGAACCGGAAGUCACUCGUUGUUUUAAGAAAUGCCAAAAAUCCUAAAAGAACGUUUUCUGUUCAGGAUUCAGUUCCAAGUUGUCUUAAAAACGACAAAAUAAAACGUGGUGUUCCUCCUGGAUUUGUCUGUUUUUGUUGAAAUUCUGACUUUAUUCGUGUAAAUUCAGACUUUUUCUGAAACAAAUGACUUUUGUGAACUUGUGGAUUUGAAGCUUCAUUAUUUCUUCGUUAUCUUCUUUGAUCACAUCUGAUAACGAGCGUUUCUGUAAGAGUUCGACUUAUUCUUGCAUUGAUUGGUAUCCGACAGACACGACAUUUGAAUUAUUAAUUUGUCUUUUAGUCGUGAAUCAAAAAUAAAAUGUUUGUUGCAUUUUUGUUUUUCUACAAAUGAGAAGAUGUCGGUGUUGCUUUUCUUUUAUCACAUUUUUGGGACUUUUCAGCGUUUACUGAACACGUCGUCUCCUAAAGUUGGAUUUCUUUCUGAACAUUUGGGCUUUUCGUCUCAGAACUAGAACCAGAAUCAGACCGUAGCUGCUUUCUGCCUGACGGUCGACGUGAUAAACGAACCGGUGCCAUUAAACCUCGACGGCCAAAACGAACCGGCGGCGGCAGCAGCAGCAGCGUUUCCUUCGACUGCACUUGAAACAAACUCUUUAAAUUUGAAGGACUUCGGCGGCGGUUCUGCUUUUCCUGUUCUUUCUCUAAAACGUCAGCUCGUUGAUUUUCACCCCAAAAAGUCAAAAUAAAAUCUCGUUCAGUUUCAGGAGUUUCUGCACUUUGAUCGUGUUUUUUUUCCUCCACCAGAAGAAUGUUUGAUCUUUUUUCUAAAUCGUUCGUUGGUUUGUUUUCUUUUGGUUUCCUGUCUGUAAACUGCCAAACUCCCUCCUCCUCCUCCUCCUCCUCCUCCUUCGCCAUCCUUCGCUCAGACGGUCAGAAGGGAAGAAGAAGACGCCGCCGCCGACGCGGAGCAUGUUUUUAAUUUUUCAGAUUUCUUUUUUAUUUUCCAAGCAGUGCUGUGAAUCGUACGAGCUGUGAUUCUGUCCUUACUUUGUCGUGCAUAUGUGGGGUAACUUUGCUAAGUGUGAAAAUAUUUUGACAAGUGCCACGCCCCGGCCUGUGCGAUGCUACCAUACUGUCUGUAAACAGGAAGUGAUCUGCUGGUGGACCGACACCAGGACGGAUAGAGUUCUGAUUAUUAUGCUUCUGAUUAUUAUUAUUAUUAUUAUUAUGGUGACUAUUAUUAUUAUUAUUAUUAUUCUACUGUAUCAUCAUCGCGACCAUGAUUAUUCUCAUAAUCAUUUAAGAGUCUAUUGUUUUGCCAUGUAUUUUUUAUUUUGAGAUUUUUAUUUUAGUUUUCUUUUUAUUAUUAAAGGUAAAAUGAACUAACA